AUGGAGUCCGUUCGUCAAAACAUCAAGCAAUCCAUUGCCGGUAUCGGCAAGGACAAGCAUCCCAAGGAUGUCGCAGUGAACGUCAACGAGAUGGAAGUCUCGGACGGGGAGAGCGAAAGCACAACUGUCGCAUCCAACCAAACUUCACAGGACGACGUCGAUAACAAGAGCAGCCUAACAAUCACUGCAAACAAUGCCAAUACUUCCAAGUUAACCGUCGUGACCAAGCUUCACGACUACGAGCGAUUGACCAAAGUAACACGGACUGUCAGGAAGCUGAUAGUUCGAUUCGAUGACUAUGAUGAUGAGUUUGUCAAUGAGAUGGACAUCAGGAGUUAUCUCCAGUUCAUCUCCGAUGAGCGUCUCAUCCACAUGCCUCGCCGAGGCAGCGACUGGGAUCGCGUUCUCAGCACAGCCCAGUUUUUCGGUCUCCAGAUCACCACAUUUGCCAGCAAGAUUGAGUCCUUCGCAUCUGGCGCUCAUUCAUCGGCAUCCGCUGCUCUAGCCAGUUGCCAAGUUCUUCUUGAGAUUGGCCAUAACCAAGCCAAAGCGCUCAUGCCCACUUUCAUCGCCUUCUAUGAGUUGGCAAUGCUGCUUUCUACUGUCUCUCGCAUUCCCGACCUUGAAUACAUGUCCACCUCCAUCAAAGAGUCCGCUGCCCACAUUCUUUGCGAGCUGGUUCAUCUCGUCGGUCGCAUUGCCAGUUACUACAAGCAGAAGAUUGACAGCCUGAGACCCAAUGAGAGCAUCACCAUCAGCUUUGAUGCAGCCUUUGGUCAGCUCAUCGACUCCAUCUGGAAGGCCAAGGACGAUUUGUGCGAUCGUGUCUGGCGAUACAGCCUUGGCUACAAGUCCUUCUCCAUCAGCCUCAAGUCUGUCCGCCAGCGUCUCGAGCCCUCUUCUGGGGCUUCGGUCAGAAACACUCUCUAUGACGAGGUCAACGAGCAUCUUGAUCGCUCCGAAGACACCUGCCACUGGAUCAAGGGCCAAUUGAGCAGCUUCCUCAACAGCAAGGACAAGUCUCUCAACCUUUGGGGCGAAGCUGGUGUUGGCAAGAGUGUUCUUGCCGAGUGGGUUCAAGAGAGACUUGCGCGUCCUUACGACUACAGGUCUUACACUGUUCUUUCUUACAACUUCCCCUGGGACUCCCCCAAGGAAGCCACAUCGUUGGCCUGCGCCAAAAGCUUCGUCUUCCAGCUUCUUGAGCGAAGUGUUGGCGAUGUCGAGCUCUACGGGCGCCUUGUUGAAGCCUUCGAGGUCUACUCCAAGACUUCAGACGCUGGCAAGCUUGAAGCAACCCUUUGGGAUACCUUGCGCACUGGAAUUCUCUCUGCCGAGCGUCAAAGCACAUCAUUUAUCCUCUUGACCGAUGGAUGCGACGAGAUGCUAGGCGGUGCUAAGAGCGCUGUCGGCUUCCACAAGCUUCUAUCGGAUUGCAUCGCCGAUUGUUCAAGAACUCGUGUCAUCACCUUUUCACGAAGACUUGAUGGUCUCAAGGAUUGCAGCAAGAUCUUCCAGAUCAAGCAACAGCAGGUCCAAGAAGACAUUCGGGCUCACCUCAAGCAGGUGCUUUCCAACUCACGCCAUUACCAUGAAGUUAUUCAUCAUGACCGCGAGCAAGUCAUCAACGACCUUGUCGCCAAGUCAAAGGGUAGCUUCCUUUGGGCCUUCUACGCUGGUCGUCUUUUGGUUCAGGAGCAGUCUUGUGAUGGCUUCCUUGGAAAGGCGAGGAGCAUUAGUGGUGAUGUCAACGAUGUCCUUCGACUUAGCCUGGACAGGUUGGACUUGAAGAAGAACGAGAUGGCCAAGUAUCUUCUCUCCUUUAUGCUCGUCACCAACACUUCCUUCUCUGUUCCAGAGAUCGCGGAACUUCUAUCUGUCGAUCUUCAGAAGAGGGCGAUGCUUCCCAGCGCCUCGAACGUCUCCAAGUUCGUCACUGAGAAGUGCAGUGAUUUCCUCAUCAUCCGAAGCGGUCGUAUUCACUUCCGCAAUGCUGUUGUCCAAGCAUACUUCAGAGGUCUUCUUGGAAAGUCUCUCCUUUCUGAAAAGGAUGCUCACUCUCAGUUGACUUUGAGGAUGCUUCUUUAUGCGCGACUGAACCUUGACGAGGACCAGGAGCUUCUAACCGAUGAGCUAGAUGACACUUCUGUCGAGAUCAUCCUGAGCAGACAUCACUUGAUGGGAUAUGUCAUGCGCAACUGGGUUGUGCACUUCCGACAUGCAGGAUUCGUCGCAUCAGACGGCAAGAUCAGCCUACCUCAAGGCUUCCGCGACAUUUUCCCCGAGUCUGUCAUGUUCACUCUGCUUGAGCGACCUUGCUGGGGUAGACACGACGUCCGCCAGGACACUAUUGAGCUUCAUGAGCUGACUCUGCGUAUCCGUGAGUCCUGCUUCGGAGAGAAGCAUGUUUCUGUUCUUCAGAGUCUCAUUGCCCUUGGUCACAUCCAUGUCAAGUUCUCCACCUCUUCUGAUGCACAUGCAUGCGGAGCACGAUACUACUACCGGGCUGCCAAGCUGGGCGAGAUCAUCCUCUCCAAGACCAGCACAUUUGUUGGCUCAUGCACACACCUUUUCCUGACUUGGACCGAGACUAUUAUCAUCACCAAGCGCACAGAGAUUGUGGAAUGCCGAGAGGAGAUGAUUCGUUUCUGGAUUGAGAUCUGCAAGCACAAGCAUGGUAAAUCCAGCGACGAGGUCAUUCACUGGUACGAGAAGCUCGCUAAGCUCUACAUUUGCAUUCAUGAGGAGUGGCGUGCUACUGUCGUCUACAAGGAGCUUUACGAGAUUAUUGUCAUCCGCUAUGGCAAGAAGUCUCCUGAGGCUGGUCGCAUUGGUGCCUUCUUCGGCACUCUUGACAUUGUUCUCAAGGGUGAAGAGGCCGAGCGAGGAAUUUGUGAGAUGGAAGAGUUCAUCUUCGAGACCACGGAAGAACUCGACAUCCACUCCCACCUCUGUAUCGCCAUGAUGAUCAAGCUCGCCUGGUCGUAUCACUCUUGCGGCAAGUUCUAUCUCGCCGAGAGACUCUUCAUCAGCAUCUGGCGCCGCAUUUCAAUCAGCUGCCGACUCAACGCUAGUAUUGAAGUGCAUAUCGCCAAGAUUCAGAUUGCCAUCGAGUACUGCAAGUACCUGCGAGAGGUUCGUCGCCAUGAGGAAGCCACCACCAUUCUUAUCUGUCUCUGGGCUGAGUAUGAGCACCACAAGUGUGAGACUGAGACUCUGGUCAUUUGGAUCCGAGAACUUGGCACUAUGUGCAGAUCAUUUGGUCUUCUCGAGAUUACUGUCACUAUCUUGACCAAGGUCUGGGGCUGGUUCAAGGGCUGUGGUAAGGGUGAUGACGAAGAGGCUCGCAAGACCACUGUCCUUAUCACUGAAGUCGUGGAGGAGGUCACCGAGACUACGACUACUACCAAGACGACUACAACCACCACUACCGAGGUUACCGAGACAGUUGUCAAGGAGAUAUAUGAGACGCACUACACCCGCUGUAAGAAGUCUGGCUUCGAUCAUGCAUUCUACUCAGCUUGCAUGGCCCUCAUCGGCAUCUACUUCGAGCACCACCGCUGGGCCGAGGCCGAGGUGAUCAUCAAACGAACCCUCGAGAUCACUUGGAAGGCUAUCUUGACCACUGAUGUCACAAUCACUCUCUCUGAGCAUUCAGUUAGAGAGUGUGUCCAUGUGGCACGACGCCUUGCGAGAUGUUACCAUCACCAGGGCCACUUUGAGAAGGCUGAAUUCAUCUACCUUCGCAUCUACCGCGCUUGCCUAGCCUCUUGCAGCCUUGAGGACGAGCUGCUUUGUGGUUCCAUCACCGUUCUCAUUGAGUUCUACGAGGAGCAUCACCGUCACGAGAAGGUGAUUGAGAUUUACAUUGAGAUCCUUGAACGGUACAAGAAGACCCUUGGACACACGCAUCGCUUGACCAUCUGGACUCUUUACCAGUUGGCUCAUCACUGCAAGUUGAUUGGUCACAAAGAUGUGUACAAGUACUAUCUUGAGAUCGUCACCGUCUUGAACAAGGGUAUCAAGCAUUGCCACCAUGAUGCCUUUGAAGCUGCCCUCUUCCUCUGUCGCCACUACCACGGCCGCAGUAUGUGGGUUGAGCUCCGAGAGCUCUGUGCCUUUGUGUGGGAGACUGUCUGUCACCAUCGUGGAGAGCACAAGUGGUCCGAGGAGAUCAUCUGUGAGAUCUACGAGAAGUAUACCUACGUCCUUGAGGUCCACGUCAAGGUUGAGUUCUCCGUUCUCUACCAGAUCUCCGUCGAGUACAAGGAGGUCAUUGAGAAAACCUGUGGUGGGGAGUCCUAUGCUUACAUCUUGGCCUUGAUUGCGUUCGCUAAGAUGUGCGAGAAGCAUGAGAAUCAUGUCCACGAGUCUGUCACCGUCUACGAAGAGGUGAUCAAGAGGAUCACUACGACCAAGACUGUUACAACCACUGUUGUAGAGACUACUGUCCACACAGUCAAGAAGCGUCUUUCCAAGUUGUACGUGACAAUCAUCACGACGGGCGGCAAGAAGGAAGGCCAUGCCCAUGUUCCCAUCGACCGAGCCAUCCAGAUUUGUGUUGAGACCUAUGAGCAUCUCAAGUUUACCCUCGGAUGCUGGCAUGAGGAUACUCUCAAGCAGCUUGAGUAUGUUAUUGUGCUAUACCACAGCUGCAACACGAAGGAGUACCACCUCAAGAUGGUCAAGCUGCUUGAGGUUCACAUCACUGAAGUGAUCACGACAUGCAAGGUGACAACAACUCUGUUCAAGGUCGCCAUCACCAUGGCAUCCAUCUACGUCAAGGUCAGCCUCAUUCAACAGGGCUACGAGGUCCUUCGUCAACUUCGCCAUCUGAUCGUCUUCCGCGGAUCUAUCCCUUGCAAUGACCUCACCAUCAAGCUCGACGUCCAUCUGAGCAAGCUUGUCUUUGUCUUCCUCAGCGCCUUUGAGCAAGGUCUUUGCCCCAAUGACUGCGCAACGACCUACUCUGAGAUUAUGGCCACCAUCAUCUACGAGUCUAUUCUCUAUGAGGAGUACUCUCGUGUUGUCGAGGUUGAGACUGAGCUUGAAGUCGUUCUCGAGUGUGGUGCCAAGCUCAGAGGCUUCUGGGUCGAGCACAAGUGCUCUCAGCUUCUCCUUGUUCUUGACAAGAGACUCUUCCAGAUGUUCAAGACCAAGUAUGCAUCCUACUUCAAGGAUGUGGCUGAUGAGCAUAUUCGUGUGUUCUAUCUUGCUAUUCUUCACGAGCUUGGCAAGGACCGUGGUGCUACUAAGAUUGACUUCACUCUUCUCGCUGUGAAGGCUGGUAGUGCUAGAGUCAAGGAACUGCUGCAGGCCAAGGACUGGCACUGCGCAGAGGAGCUUGGUCACUGUGUCUUCCACUUUGCCCAGUCCCAGAAGCUGUAUCAUCGCCAAGACUAUGUUCAGUAUGGCUACAAGCUUGCUGAGUACCUGGCAGGCAUUGAUGUACCUCACCCCACCGAUGCCAAGGACGAGAAGAUCAGAAAUGCUAUGCUCAAGACCUCUCGCGAGAUCAUGUCUGAAGUCCUCGCUGCCUUCAAGCAGUCGAACAUUGACUACCUCUGCUUGCGCUUCGAGGAUGUCUCUGGCCUUAUCAGACUUCUUGGAGCACAACAGAACUGGGAUGAGCUCGAAGUCUUGCUUCAUCGCCUGUGGAGCGCCCGUGAGAGAUUGCAGAGAUCUGGAUGGUCGUCUACUGCGGUCUUGGAUAUUGGCAAGAAGCUUGUGCACGCCCAAUAUGCUCGUAAGGACGUGACCUGCGCUAUCGAGACAGCUGAGUUGAUCAGCUACAACUUGCGCCGCAGUCGUGGACGUCUUGAUGUCGAGACUCUUGAGUUCUCCCGUCUCCUCGCUGCUCUAUACGCCGAUAGUGGUCGCAAGGCUAGCGCCAUGUCGAUCCACGAGACUAUUCUGCGUGAGAUGAUUUCAUGCAGCAGCGGCAAUGAGUUUGGCGAGGCUUAUCCCGAUCGUCAACGAUUUACCUCUGAAGCGCGUACCCACUUGGAACUUCUCAAGGCUUCACAUCAUCAAUUGCAGGGCUGGGCUAAGCCAGUUGAUGAGUACAAGGACGUUCAUUCUCGUCUGAACAGCAGUCUUGGUCUGGAACUACCUGCGUUUGACAAGUGGUCUGCUGGUGCGGUUGAUAAGAAUAUCGAAGGAGGAGGCAAUGCCUAUCCAAGUGACCUCCGAGAUCGUUUCCAACUUUUGGAGUCACAGGUGAAAGGUAUCUACGAAUUACUAGAACCACGAACAGAAACUGUGUCUAGGUCGUCGCCGAAUACAUCUGCAAGACCCAUCUCAGUGGACUCAUACGAGAGCGUUGCAAGUAUGAGCCCAGAAAUAAUAUCUGAGACAAUACCUGAAGCAACCUUUAGUCCUGAUAAUCCUGUUCCCUCCCCCGAUGCCCUUGAUCAUCUCAUCGAGGUAUAUCGCAUCAGACAUCAUCUACAGCCAUUACUUCUUUUCAAGCUUCCCGACCUAAAGCUUUACUUGCAUUCAGCGCCAAGAUAUCUCCUUGAUAGCUUUCUUGCACUCACCGUACGACAUAGCAGGCAUGCUUUUUAUCGGGGCCAACAAGCUCAAGCUGUCGAGUUCUACGCUUCUUCCGCGCAACAAACAGUCACCCGUCUUGCUUCGCAAGGUAUCCCGAGGUUGGAAAUUAUCCAAUCUCUUUGCUUGCUUGUCCUGGUUGAUGUCGCGGCCUGUAAGCCAGGGCAGGCAUGGAUGACUAUCGGAACUCUGUCGCGUCUCGAAGCUCUGCGUAAGAUAUCACAGCCCGCACUCAUCGAGUCACUAUCCGAUCUUGAAGCAAGUCUUGGGUGUCAUUGGACUGUGUUUCUCCUAGAGCAGACCUUCACGCCUCUGGAACGCAGUAGCACUCAGGACGACAACGAACCAAGGUACCCAACAAGCGCGCCCAUACCUCCAUCGCUACCACCCGUUAGCGACGGCGAAUACCCACCAGAUCUUUUCUCCGAGGAUGCAUCCGAGGAUCUUGGUAUAACAGCUUAUUACGUCAAGAUACUUGGAAUAUGGGGCAACUUAUCAUCGUAUCUUCAUCAAAUUCGAAUUGGUAAGGUCGGAAAUGCAUGGUCUCCUGGAUCAAUGCACUACACAGUUUGCGCUCAGCUUUACGAGUACGACUCAAAGACACCACAUAUCCAUCUCCUACGAAGUGUGCACUUCACCAAGCGUCAAUCGCAUGAUUUGAUCGAACGCCGCGAGUACUGGAUCCCUUGGGUCCUGCAACAAGUCACGUCCCAUGCAACCAACGCCAUCUUGAAUCACCCGUUUAUUCCUCUUGUGGCGAUGCGCGAUAGGAUGAAUGGCCUGCCACCGCGACAAUUUCUUCAACAAACUGUCGAUCUGACUCUAUAUCAUUCGGCUUGGGUAUUUAAGUUUCUCCGCUUCUGUGAAGAUAAUGACAUUGGAAUAUAUGACCCUUUGGUUGGUCACUUGGUGGCUGUUGUUGCAACUAUACCAUGGCUGUUCCAGCGUGCAAUUGACCAAAAGAUUGCGCUUAAAGCAAAUGAUGAUUUUGCAUGGUGCAAGGAAUUCCUUCGAACUCUUUCGAUUACCUGGCCGCAUAUCGGACAUAAACUUGAACUGCUCAAGAGUUUAGACUCUAUUGCGGAGAAUAAUCCACAGUCGCCCACCGCCAAAGGCAUAUCGAUCGUCUUCCAUCCACAUGUCUUCUGGUCAUUGGUUGAUCCUAAACUCAGUCAAAUUACUCCAUCAUUAUCUUACUCUCAAGGAAUUAACCUUUCUCAAGAUGGUACGAUCCGAGUUUCGACGCAUUACAUACAGCCAUUGGUGGACAUCCAAGCACAACAGUCCAGCAUUGUUGGUGAUACAUAUGAUCCGUUUCCGUUGGAUCUUGGAGCGUUGGAGCAAAUCAACUUGGACGACGUGUUUGCAAGUUUCUUACCUACGCUAGAUGAAAAAGACUUAUAA